GCGCGGCCUGGCUGGGCGUUGGGCGGCGAUGGAUCCUCGUCCUCCGCCGUCCGCCCGCCCCAAGUCCACAGCGGCGGCGACGGCGCUGGGUCAUUUGCGCGGCGUGGAAAAACAGCUUCAAAAUGAAGGGCUUGUAUUCAACAAGAAAACUGUGCAGCACCUGAAAGAUGUUAUUAAAGCCAUCAAGGAGCUGGAAGAGGAAAGAAAACUUACUAUUGAACUGUGGGAAGAAGAGACCAUAAAAAACAGUAAUCUCCGUGUCCAAAUCAAAGGAUUCCCAGAGCUUGUCAUGAAAGAGUUUAAAGAACUUGUGGCUGCUGCCCAUCGCUACCGAUUUCAUAAGUUAAGUGAUAUUGAGACUUCCAUAAAUGAAAUCACCACUGCAGUAGAAUCGACAUAUUCAAAGCAGACUGUCUCCGAAGAGCAAAACUUAUCACUGUGCAAGGAGGAAGGAGAGUUGUGGGUCAAGCACGAAGAAGAAGUUGAAUUGCUGAAUGAGCAGUUGGCAGCAAAACAUAAGGUCAACAUUGAGAUUAAUGAACUUCACAAUAUGAAAAAACAUGAGGAGGAAGAAAUUGUCUGGCAAGAGAGCAUCAUCCGAGAAGUGAAGUACAUCAUGGCUACCGAGGCUGCUGAUUUUAGAGCAAAGAAAGACUUGCUAGAUAUGCAGAUUGCAGAUGUCAGAAAGAGACUUGAGGCCAAGAAGCCUGAAGUUGAAGAUAAGAGGGAAGAAUAUGAAGCAUUGCAUAACAUGUUAAGAGAUCUUCAGAAGCAAAUUGCAGAGUAUAACCAGAUCAUUUCUGCUCGGAGGAAUGAGCUUGGAGAACUUUUUAAAAAGAUCAAACAACUAAUACAUGAUUAUGAAGAGAAGAAGGCAGAGAAAGAGAAUAUCCUUAGGAAGAAGGCUGAUCUUAAAACCAAGUUAAGUACGAUGGAUACAAGCUUUGAUGAGGAAAAAGAUCGUCUGCUACGACAGAUAACGGAGGCUGACGAGAAGCUAGCAGUGGUUAUGCGAUACUAUGAAAAACUCAGAAAUGAAAAUGACCUUCUCGACACACAGUUUCGACUUUUAACUGAUGAAGAAGACCAGUACUGUUCUCAGAGAGACCAACUUGCAGAAGAAUUUGAAAAAUUAUCCAAUCUUCUCACUGAAAAGCUUGACAGUGUGGCAAAGCGCUUAGUGGAGACAAAAGGUAUAGAAGAGGAGGUGGAACGACUGCAGGAAAUAUACGACUCCUCACAGCAUACAUAUGCAAGAGAACUAGCAACUUUAGAGGUAUCGUUAACCAAAGAAGGUGAUAGAAGAACUGCACUUCAGAACCAACUUAAUGAAAUGACAGCAGAGUACCAGAAAAUUUUGACUGACCAUGAUGAGCUGGUGAACAGUUCAAUGCAAAAGACAGAGGCUGGAAAAAAGCAGCUUGCUGAUUUUACAGAUCAGAAUGAACAUCUCAAGACAGAAAUAGAGAAUUCUAAAGAGACGGUGAAACUCCUCACUAGCAAGCUAAAGAAAAAGGAAGCUUACUACAAGAAAUGUGAUGCGGGCAUGGAGGCAGGACUCAAGAAGCUGGAGGAAGAAUAUAAAGCUAUAACAAAACUUACAGAAGAAAAGCAAGAACAACUAAGAGUGAAUCUCCCAAUUGCAGAGGAAAUGGAAACAGAAUUUGAGGGAAUAAACACCGACUAUACCAACCGGAAGGACUUGCACACCGAAUUACUAGAAGAACAGCGCAUGCUAACCAAGUCUAUCGAACGGUCAACAAUAGAGGUUACCAAACUCAAAAGGCAAAAGACUCGCAUGAGAAGUGAAAUAAAGACCAGCAGGGAGGUCGCACUUUCCCAGCUGAAGACGUUUGCAUACUCUCUGAAGUUCCUUGAGAGAGACAACUAUGAGAUAAAUAGGAAGCUGUACAUUUUGAAUAUAGAAAACGAGAGAUUAAGAGCAGGCAUUGCAUAUCUCAGAGAAGACAUUUCUGCAAUGGACAGUGAGGCAAAACUCUAUCAAUCAAAGAGACAAAAGACCCAGAAAGAAACAAGAGACCUUCACGACCUUUUUGUCAAGAAGUGGAUAAAAGAUGACAACCUUCAAAAGAUGUAUUUGAGGCAUCAGCAUGACAUCUUGACUAUUCUGGGAGAAUACAUAAAAAAAAAUAUGAAAAGAAACGACAAGCUUGACUAUGUUCAUGGUGGGCUACAGCUGAACUACGAGGCAAUGGAGUCUCUGUUAAGAAGCAAAUCGACCGCAGCUGAUGACAAGAAAUGAAGAGACCACAAGAACUCAGGACUGCAGUCAGAAUACUGAACUUUAUUCUACUACGUAUCUUUCUUCAGAGAUGUGAUAAAAUACUGCAUUCAGAAAUAAAUAAAGUUACACUGUUUCCAGGAA